UCUUCAUGUUGGUAUGGUAGUAGAGUGAAGGAGGCCAGUUGAGACAGUUGGGAAUUUAAAAAUAAGCCCAGGAAAAAACCGUUGGACAGUAGCUGCUUUUGGAGAGAGCGGUUGCAGCAGGUUGCAGCAGUUAUUGGAGAGGAGAGAGAGUUAUACAUACACUGAAUGAUUCUUUGAAUAAUUGUGCCGACAAGUAGGGAAUAUUAGAGCAUUUAUUUUUUGGCCUUUGAGCUCCUGCUGUUGACAAAAUGACUGAGGAGUGUUUGAGGGUGGCUGUGAGGGUGAGGCCAUUAAUUCCCUCGGAAGUAGCUAGAGGAUGCCAAAAUUGUAUCAGCGUUGUUCCUGGAGAGCCUCAAAUACAGUUGACUGGCACCGACAAGGCCUUCACGUAUAAUUUUGUGUUUGGAUCUGAUGUGGGGCAGGAUGAUGUUUACGACACGGCAGUAAAGGACAUGAUGCAAAAUAUAUUCAAAGGGUACAAUGUAACAAUUCUCGCCUACGGCCAGACCGGCAGUGGAAAAACUUAUUCCAUGGGGACAAAUUACUCGUUCACCAAUGAUCUCUCCACUGGUAUAAUCCCCCGCGCAGUUGGGGACAUUUUUUCCACAAUAAGCCAAAAGACUCUUGAUAACUGGACAUAUAAAGUAACUGUCGGUUUCAUGGAGCUUUACAAUGAACAACUCUACGAUCUGUUAGCUGACAAGCCGACACGUAAAGACUCUAUCGUGGACAUUCGGGAGGACACCAAUGGAAUCAAAAUCAUUGGGCUAACUGAACGAGAAGUGACCUGCGCCGAACAAGUUCUCCAAUGCCUGAUGUCAGGCUCCCAAGGCCGAGCAACAGGUGCCACAGCUAUGAAUUCUCAGAGCAGUCGAUCCCAUGCAAUUUUCACUCUCACUGUCUGCCAGCAAAAAAAUAACGAUUCCAACUCUGCCACUACUUCAAAAUUCCACUUGGUUGACCUCGCUGGAUCAGAACGAAGCAAAAAAACCCAGGCAACGGGUGAUAGAUUCAAGGAAGGGGUUAGUAUCAAUAAAGGUCUUCUUGCCCUUGGAAAUGUUAUAUCAAAUUUAGGUGACAAUGCAGUCCACAUUGGAUAUCGAGACAGCAAGUUAACUCGCCUCUUACAAGACUCUCUUGGGGGUAAUUCCAUCACCUUGAUGAUUGCCUGCGUCAGUCCUGCUGACUACAAUUUUGAAGAGACCCUCAGCACCCUAAGAUACGCAGAUAGGGCCAAGAAAAUAAAGAACAAACCAAUUGUCAAUCAAGAUCCCAAAGCUGCUGAAAUCAAUCGACUCAAUGCUAUUGUUAAAGAACUUAAAUUAUCACUUAUCGAGAGAGCUCCUGCCAUUAAUUGUCCUCCAGAGCAUCAAGAGCUUGUCGAGAAGAACAAAGGGCUUCAAAAGAAACUUCGAGAGCUUUCUGAGCAAUUGAAUUGUAAUUUAAUGGAAUUCAUGGGAAUGCACGAGAGAGCUGAAAUAGCUGAGACUAGUAGGGAAAAAUUGAGACAGGAGAUUGACAAAUUACUCGACGACAUCCAGGCUGCUAUCAAUGAAACAAAUAUUGAACAAGUCUUACUGAAGCUGAAAAAUAUUCAGGACAAGAUAUUAAAAAUUCAGGAGUACCAGAAGAAAUCAGAUGCCGAGAUAAUUCAUCAGAUAUCUCUUGAGGAUAAUCCAAAUGUCAAAGAUGCCAGUAUCAACAGUACUCUCAAUGAAUCAUCUCUGGAUGAGGAACACACUGAGCAUACACUUCUUCAAGCUGCUCGUAACAAAGAAGUAACCAACAUCAAUCGACAAUUAGCUUUGAAGGAACAACUUGUGGCUAAACUCUUAUUAAAUUCUUCUCAAUUGGAGCAUGAACAUGAUAAAGAGAUGGAUAUGGAGAAUGAGAUAAAGGCCCUUCAGGCUGAAAAGGAGCAACUGUUGAAGAACCUUGAGGAUGUUCAGGCGAAUAAUACAUCAGCCAAACUGGCUGAGGCACGUCGAAAGAAGGUGAAGGAAUUGGAGAAAAAAAUAACAGAAUUGACCAAGAAAUAUGUGGAACAGAGCAGGAUUUUAAAGUCGAAAGAAAAAGCCGUCGAACAGGUGAAGAACUUGACCCAAGAGAUUCACAGCAUGAAACAGAUGAGGGUCAAGUUGGUGAGAGAUAUGAGAAAAGAAGCUGACAAAUUCCAGCAGUACAAAGCACUGCGAGAAAGAGAAGUUUACAAACUCAAAGAUCAGGAUCGUAAGAGAAAGAAUCAAAUUGAGCGUCUUCAGAUCCUUCACAAUAAGCAACAAAGUGUAAUGAAGCGAAAGAUGGAAGAGGCCUAUGCCAUGAAUAAAAAACUCAAAGAAACUCUUGCAUUGCAGAAGAAAAUUCGAGCAAGUAGGGAGGAAAAAGGGAAAAAAAGUAAGGAUUACAUUCAAAGGCUUGUUAAUCAUGAGGUUGCAGUUAUCCAGGAGACAAUUGAUGCACAAAAUGCACUGGAUAUGCAGCUAAAGUAUCGUGAAAAAAUUGCUGAAAAUUUGAAUCACUUGAAAGCAACUGCAGAGCAAAAUCCAUCGGAUUAUUUGACGAGGGAGAUUAAUGAUCUUGGUGAGUAUUUGGAUCUGUGUACCAUAAAAAUACAGCAUAUGCAGCAAGAGAUUGUGGCAUCUGACCAAGAAAAUAUGGUGAAAAGUAGACUGGAAGGUAUUCAUACUAUUGGAGAAGUCAAACAAGUCUGUCAAUACUUGUUUGAGUGGAUUGGACAAAUACACAAACAGCGCAAACUCGAGUUGUCUGAAGGUCAGGACAAGUAUGACGAGUUGAUGAUGGCUCAUGACGCAGUGCUUACUAAACUGAAGAAAAUUGAGUUGACACCUUGUGUUAGUUUGGAGGAGCAUCGUCAGGUACUUGAGGAGUUGGACAUGUACAAGAGGAUGAAUAUUCAAGUGAAGAAGGAGGAGGAAGAGGACGGCCACGGUGGCGGCGUCGGUGGCAACAAGGAUGAGAAAAUGUCCAAUGCAAGUAAAAGUCGAACUGCACCCAGAAAAACAAUGUGUGUUAGACCAACUGUUUUAGAUAAAUUUGUUGGAGAUCUGGGGAAGGAAAACUGCGAGACUGAUGAGAGCUUCAAUGAUGAUCCUGAUAAAGAUCCAGAUUGGGUGAGGACUCCACUUGCGAAACGUUGGAAGAGCAUUGGAAAUGUCAAGAGAUUUCCUCAUAGCACCGAGGGCAAAGGGACAAAGAGGUCGUCCGCAGACUCGGCCGAAGACACCUGUCUGAGGUGUCAGUGUAAAACCAAAUGCCAGAAUCAUCACUGCAAGUGUCAGAAAAAUGGGGCAAUGUGCUCGGAGGAGUGCGGCUGUAAUCCAGCAAAGUGUGAGAAUAGGAAUAAUGGGCAAAUAACCAGGUAUUUUGAUGAAGGGCCCAAUGAGCUUGCUGGACCAGUAAAGAAGAUUAGGACUGAGUGAUGAGUGAUGAGGAGGUAUCCAUUAAUUUUCAUCCCAGUGUGUUAUUGUUACACUUUGUAGAUUUAGGGAGACUCAAGGAAUUUUUGUACAUGAUUUUUAGGGGCUUUGAAGAAAAAUUUACAAAAACAAAAAUAUCGCUCAAUUAAUUUCACAUCUUGUAUUGUUAUAUUGAUGAAACGCAUUAUCUUCAUAAUAAUUAACUUUACCUAAAAAUGUCAGGAUAGUCUUUAUUUGUCAAUCGUUCUCCGACUACAGUGAUAAAAGAAUUUUGUAAUAUUGAUUAAUAUGAAUAAAUAGGACAUU